AUGGCUGAUCCCCCUAAAGUCAACAUCCUACUACUCGGCGAUGCUGAGUGUGGGAAGUCGACGUUUCUCUCACGAAUAAGCCAAGGUCCCAAUUCCUCCUCAUUAUCAAAAGGCGAAGCAAUUCCCCUCUUAAAAGACAUAAAUCAGCCCUUUAUUUUCGACAUCAACCUCAAAGCCACCCCCUACCGCUUCCAGCUCUACGACACAGCAUCACCUGAGUCCUGGACUCUCUUGACACCCCAUGUCGUUAUUUUGUGCUACGAUAUCUCAUCGCGACUCUCUUUGAUAAAUGUCCAACGCCUGUGGAGCAAAGAAAUCCCCCGCACCUUCCCAUCCCUCGCCGACUCUUUACCCGUUCUAUUACUAGGGCUAAAGAGAGAUCUCAGAUCAGAACAAGAUCCGAAUGGGAUUAUAUACCCACAAGAAGCGUAUAGGGUAGCGCAGGAGCUGAGGUGUGAUAAGUAUAUGGAAUGUAGUGCUGUGAGCGGGGAGUUGCUAAGGGAGGUGUGGGAGGAUGUUUGUAGGACUGCUGUGGGGAAGGUGGGGGAAGAGGGAGGGGGGUUGAGUGAGGGGGGUUGUAGGGUUAUGUGA